CAGGCGUCUAGAGGGAUUGGCAGCAGGUUAGAAAUGACAAAGAAAUUGUAUACACGAAUCACAAAUGCAACAACACAUCAGUUCUAAGGUCUCUGUCUGGAUAUUUAAGGAGUGACCAAAUAUUUCCUUUGUAACACCAAUUUAUCUGUUGGCCCUUGUAGAUGAAGAAAUAUCUCAACCACAGCUGGAAGCAUGCUUUGUGUCUGAAAUGAAGUUUUUUGUUGUAACUCAGUGAAAUCCAUUGGAACCCAGGUGCUGACACACCAGCAUAUGUUCACUGAAGAUCAGUUCUUCAACUGCAUUGACUGUGACACGGAUUUACUGUGACAUCUGACUUGAUGACUUGCCAGUUAAUUGAUAGAAGGGAGGUAUCAUUCUCCUUUUCUCAGUGUGAUAAGGGAUUCUCUUACUCAACUGACCCACAAAGACACCAGUGAGCUCAAAGGGGGAAGAGGCCAGUCGCCUGCUCUUUGUCUGGGAUAAGACCUACUCAGUCAUCCAGCCUGAAGAUACAUCAGCAAGUUCACACCACAGUGAGAUGGUUUACAUGUUCUGUUUGUGGAAAGCAAUUCAUUCUGUCAUCCAAGCUGACAAUAUAUCAGAAAAUUUACAGCAGUGAGAGGCCGUUCAAUUACUCUGUGUGUAGGAAGAGGUUCACUCACUCAGCUGAUCUGCAGAGACACGAGCGAUUUGACAAGGGAGAGAGACUGUUCAACAGUUCUAAGUAGGAAGAGGUUCACUCGGUCAUCAGAUCUGUUGACCCACAAGCAAGAUCACACUGGGGAGAGGCAGUUCACCUGCUCAGAAGCUUGGAAAGGAUUCACUUAGUCAUCUGAGCGAUUGAUGCACCAGUCAGUUCACACUGGGGAGAUGCAAUUUAUCUGCUCAGACUGUGGGAAGGGAUUUACUCAGUCAUCCCACCUACAGACACAUCAAAGAGCUCACACUGGUGAGAAGCCAUUCACCUGCUCAGACUGUGGGAAGGGAUUCACUCGAUUGUCUCACCUACAGGCACACCAAUCUGUUCACACUGGGGAGUGGCCAUUCCUCUGCUCAGAGUGUGGGAAGGGAUUCACUCGAUCGUCUGACCUACUGGCACACCAAUCAGUGCACACUGGGGAGACACCGUUCAGCUGCUCAGAAUGUGGGAAGGGAUUCACUCAGUCAUCUCAACUGAAGGUACAUCAGCGAGUUCACACUGGGGAGAGGCCAUUCACCUGCCCAAACUGUGGGAAGGGAUUCACUCGAUCAUCUCACCUACAGGCACACCAGACAAUUCACACUGGGGAGAAGCCAUUUACCUGCUUAGACUGUGGGAAGGGAUUCACACGAUCAUCUGAUCUUUUGGCACACCAGUCCAUUCACACUGGGGAGGCACCAUUCAGCUGCUCAUACUGUGGGAAGGGAUUCACUCAGUCAUCGCAACUGAAGGUACAUCAGCGAGUUCACACUGGGGAGAGACCAUUCAUCUGCUCAGACUGUGGGAAGGGAUUCACUCGGUCAUCUCACCUUCUAGCACAUCUGCGAGUUCACACUGGGGAAAAACCAUUCACCUGCACAGACUGUGGGAAGGCGUUCACUCAGUCAUCUCAACUGAAGCUACAUCAGCGAGUUCACACUGGGGAGAGACCGUUCACUUGCUCAGACUGUGGGAAAGGAUUCACUCAGUCAUCUUCCCUACUGGCACACCAGCGAGUUCACACUGGCGACAGGCCAUUCACCUGCUCAGACUGUGGGAAAGGAUUCACUCGAUCAUCUGACCUAUUGACACACCAGUCAGUUCACACUGGAGAGAGGCCAUUCACAUGCUCAGAUUGUGGGAAGGGAUUCACUCGAUCAUCUCAUCUACAAGCACACCAGUCAGUUCACAGUGGGGAGACACCGUUCACCUGCUGUUACUGUGGUAAGGGAUUUACUCAGUCAUCUCAACUGAAGCUGCAUCAGCGAGUUCACACUGGGGAGAGGACAUUCACCUGCUCAGAAUGUGGGAAAGAAUUCACUCGGUCAUCUCACUUACUGGCACACCAGCGAGUUCACACUGGGGAGAAACCAUUCACCUGCUUAGACUGUGGGAAGGGAUUCACUCAGUCAUCUCAACUGAAGGUGCAUCAGCGAGUUCACACUGGGGAGAGGCCAUUCAGCUGCUCAGAUUGUGGGAAGGAAUUCACUCGGUUAUCCCACCUACAGGCACACCAGCGAGUUCACACUGGGGAGAGGCCGUUUACCUGCUCAGUCUGUGGGAAGGGAUUUACGCAGUCAUCUUCCCUACUGGCACACCAGCGAGUUCACACUGGGGAGAGGCCGUUCAUCUGCUCAGACUGUGGGAAGGCAUUCACUCAGUCAUCGCAACUGAAAGUACAUCAGCGAGUUCACACUGGAGAGAGGCCAUUCAUCUGCUUUGAAUGUGGGAAGAGAUUCACUCAGUCAUCUUCCCUAUUGGCACACCAGCGUGUUCACAUUGGGGAGAAACCUUUCAACUACUGAGAAUGUGGGAAGGAAUUCACUUGCGUCAACUUAACUGAAACUACAUUAACAAGUUCACACUGGGGAGCGGACAUUCACUGCUCGGCCUGUGGAAAUGGAUUCAGUCGAUCAUCUGACAUAAAGACACACCUGUGAGUUCAUGCUGUUCCGUGUGUGGGAAGGGAUGCAUUGAACCAUAUUCUCAACUGGCACACCAGUGUGUUCAGACUAUGAAGAAACCAUUGUGGUAAGGGUUUUCGUUGGUCAUUUCGAUUGAAGGAACAUCAGUGGGUUUGUGCUGGAGAGGCCCUGAAUAUGGGAAGGGAUUCACUCCAUUUUCCCAUCUUAUGAUACACUAUCGAGUUGACACUGGGGAAAGAGCUGAAUAUGCUGCAUGUUGGAUAUUUGACCAUCACAGUUACUUAGUCCAGGGGCAAGUUCAAAAGUGACUGUUGGUGUCGAACUCUUCAAUUAUUGUUGCUGCUCACCACACCCAGUUCUGCACCCUGGUCACUGGGACUGGGAGGAGUUUCUUCUGCUGCUGUUCACCUUUAAUGGGACUGUAGUUUCAUACUCAGGAUCAGUGACAAAUAAAUCAGUUCUAUUUUAAACUUUAUCUCAGGGACUUAGUGAAACUACAUCACAUCCAGUGUACAUAAAGGAGGUAACUCAGCCGAGCUGCUCCACGCCAGUAUUUCUGUUCCACACCAGUCCUCUGAAAUUGGGCCCUAGCUAUGCCUGCCUUUUUGUUGGCUUUGUGGAACAAUCUAUGUUCCGUGCCUAUUCUGGUAUCUGUCCCCCACUUUUCCUUCGCUACAUCGACGACUGCUUUGGCGCUGCUUCCUGCACGCAUGCAGAGCUCGUUGACUUUAUUAACUUUGCCUCCAACUUUCACCCUGCCCUCAAGUUUACCUGGUCCAUUUCCGACACCUCCCUCCCCUUUCUAGAUCUUUCUG